CACAGGCUGAUAUGGAGAACUCAAGCAUGGAAGGGGAAAGGUUGGAGAUGUUUGAAGUUGGGCCCUGUGAAAACGCUUAUCAAAUGGGUUUCUUGAUAGGGCAAAGGUUCUGCACACAGAUAAGAAGCAGGUUGGCCACAGACCUUAUUCUCCAACACCAGCUCCUCCCAUUUGCUCGAAACCCCCAGUCUCGGCCACUAAUCGGAGCUCUCUCCGACACCAACCGGAAAAAGUUUCCGAGGUACUGGGAUGAACUCUUGGGGACUGCUGAAGGGAGUGGCGUGCCUCUUCUUGAUAUUAUACUGCUCAACUUCAGGAAGGAAAUACUUCCAUUUAUUCCCAAGACAGAAACAAAUUCGAAGGACGAAACUGAUGAAGAUUGCUCGGAUAUUCUUGUUGUUAGUGAUUCAAUGGCUUUUGUAGCUCAUAACGAGGACGCCAAUGUUGCUCUUGUUGGCCACACGUAUCUGAUUAGGGGAACUUUGUCUAAUGGACUAUCCUUCACUGCAUACACCUAUGCAGGAGAGCUUCCAAGCUGUGCGUUUGGGUUUAAUACUCAUGGACUGGCAUUUACGCUGAAUUCAGUACCGCCUUCCAAAGAUGAGGUGGUGGCUGGUGCCAUUGGUCGGAACUUUAUCUCCAGGGGCUUGCUUGAAGCAACAAGCAUUGAUGAUGCUUUAACCAGAAUUCAUUCAUCAGAAGCUUCUGUCGGACAUAGUUAUAAUCUGAUCGACGUAAAAACACGAAGGAUUUUGAAUGUUGAAACUGCAUCAAAGAAUCGGGUUUCAGUUCAUGAGGUUGGGGCAACACCAUUCUUCCAUGCCAAUGCAUACCUUCAUCUUCAAAUUCAGCAGGCAGAUGAUGAGAACUCACUGAGUAGGCAAAAAAGAGCAGCUCUACUGCCGAAAGGAUCAGAAAAUGAUUUUCUAUCACUCUUGGGAGACAUGAAUGAUGAAAAAUACCCCAUCUAUAUGACAGGUCCAAUACUGUACACUCUUUGCACAACUGUGAUUGAUUUAGAUGAACGAACUCUCUCAAUUAUCGAAGGAAACCCGAAGGAUGCAGUAGCGUCUUACAUCUACCCAAUGUCCUGAAGGAUAGCUUGGCAAAUCGCAUUGGAAAGGCUUAGCAUUUUUCUAGUGUCUUGAGCUAAGUUAUAUGCACCUUAAGCUCUAUUCUAUUUCUAUUUUAUCUAGUUUUUGAACUUGGUAAGCCUGAAAAUCUAUUGUGAUCGUUUGUUCUCUAACUUACGGGGAUUACAACAUGAACCCUUAUUUGCACUUCGAUCAUUUGUCUAAGUUGAUCCAAAUAGCUUAUCUCAAUGUUAACUAGUUUU